AUGCCCGGCUCUCUUUCGCUUUUCUCCGUCAAUGCCGUCCUUCUGAUGUCGGCCGACGAUGGCUCUCGCAUCUUCGCCAAGUACUACUCCCCUCCUCACCCCCCGGCCGGUGCUGCCCCCAACUCGACCGAUUACCCCGGAGCGAACCCCUACCCUACCGUGAAAGAGCAGAAAGCAUUCGAACAAGGCCUCCUCGAAAAGACCAACAAGCAGACCAGCGAUGUGAUCCUCUACGACAACCGGAUAGUGGUCUUCAAGAUGGAGAGCGAUGUGAUGCUCUAUGUGGUUGGAAGUGCCGACGAGAACGAAGUGUUGUUGUACAACGUGGUUCUGUCGCUAAGAGAUGCUUUGGGAAUCUUGUUCAAGGGCGCAACCGACAAGCGCACAAUCGUCGAGAACUACGACCUGGUCGCCCUGGCCAUCGAUGAGAUUAUCGACGAUGGAAUCAUUCUGGAAACCGAUCCAGUGCUGAUCGCCUCCCGCGUCAGUCGCGCUCCUGCUCCGGAUGCACCGAACUUGAAGAGCAUCGACCUGUCCGAACAAGGUCUGAUGAAUGCCUGGGAGCUUGGAAAGCGGCGUCUGGCGGAGGGGUUGCGGCAGAUGUAA